AUGGGGAAGCGUUCGGCUAAAGACAAACUCAACCAAAACAGCGACCGAAACACGGCCUCAACGACAGCCGCCGCCGGUGUCGCCUCCAAAGACAAGGACUCGAUAUCUCCCAACUCAUCCGCCAUUACUUCUCGUCCAUCGACUCAUCUUUCAUUGAAUUCCAAUCGCAAAUUCAAAGCCGUUAUCGAUCACAAGGAGAGCCGAUUAGAUACCGGCGCCAAUCGAUCGCCACUCUAUCGAAAAGACAUUCGUCACUCAACCGAUGUCCACGAAAGGAACGACAGGUCUUUCCCAUCGAGAGUCAAAUAACUAGUGAUUCAAUGAAUGGACGACUGAUGACAAACAAGACUUUGCAUAUAUUUAUGGUUUGAUUCGCAAACUAAAUCUCUAUUUUCAUGUGUUUUUUCAGUUUAUUCUCAGUUUCAGUAUUCAAAUCAUUUUGAUUUUGAAACCAUUUACAGAAUAGGGCCGGUAUUUGACACACUUUACCCUUAGAUAUGAUUUUUUCAGCAAUUUGUUGUUCAGUUACGAGUACUUUUCGAGCAAAUCAUUGAUUUUGUUUUGUUUUCCAAAAUAUUUGCCGAAAAAAUAUUGCAAAACAAAAGUCAUUAUAAAUGAGUUACUUAUGAGCAGAGUUUGAUAAUCAAAACACAAUUCUAAACAUUUAUUCAAAAUAUUUGCAACAUUUUGUGUAGUUUUGAUUAUACUGUAUAUCUUUUAAAAGUUAGUUUUCAUUCAAAUCACAC